AUGUAGUGUAAAAGGGUCAAGUCCACACUAAUAGGUUAGUGUUUGUGUAUGACAGAGAAGGUCUGACGAAGGUUUCAGGUUAAACUCACCUGAACACACCUAGUGGGUGGAGCCAUGAGGAGGAACUGAGUAUGAGUGAGAGAGGACGAGUGAAGCAGGGAGACAUUUUUCUUACACUUUUUGACCUACAUGAGAUUCAACACUCCGUUCAUCAAUGAGACCAUUAACACACACUGGGAUUUUCUGAACACAUACACACACACACACACACACACACACACACACACACACACACACACACACACUCACCAUGAUGAAGAAAGGUGGUCUGAAUUUCCUGAACAGGAGGAACCAGUCUCUGUUCGACACCAAUGUCCAGAUGAAAGACAUGGACAAUGUGGAGUUUGUGUUUGACACAGUGACGAUACCAGACUCAGGUACAGCUAAAGUCCGCUCCAGACCCACUGUCAAACAUUUCAGCACGUUUGGAGACGGAGCUGGAUUUGCUGUUCCGACUCCAACAGUUCCUGUUCUGCCUUUUUUCACUGCACCCCAAAUCAGCCACACAGGUAAGACAGACAGUCUGUCAAAUGGAGGUAUCAUCUCAGUGGAUGACUUUGAGGAAGAACAGAUUCUGAUCCCUCCUCCUCCCUCCAGUGCACCUCCACCUCCACCACCCCAGUUCAUCCCCCCAUCACCUGGACAUGUUGCUCCUCCUUCAGCAUUUUUUGGGGAACCGCAUUCACCUGUAGACCUGUCCACUCUAGAAACUCCCUCCAUAACCCCUCCUGAGCCACCUUCACUAGGAACGCCAGAUGUAGACUUGUCCAUGUUAAGGCCUCCACAUAUGGCUCCCCCGAAACCCCCAAAUUAUCAAAUCUCUACAGAUUUACCUGAGGACAUCCCAGAGUGCCCCAAAUUUACCCCUCCAUUGCCCCCAACAGAGAAAUCCCAGUCUCCUACAGCCAAAGUCCAGAAGAUGCCUCCUCCCAAGCCCAUCAGGUACUCAUACAUCUCCAACUUUGAGUUGCCUACAUCUGGAUCAACUACACCCUCAGAAAACUCCCAAAAUUCAGGCAAACUUUACACUGUACCAAAAACAACAAUUCUCACUGGUCAAUCAGAUCAGACACAUUACAUGCUCUUGGAGAACAACUCCAAAACCUCAGUUGGAGAUCAUGCCAAUGGGAAGGCAUCAACAUCUGAAAAGGAAAUGGGUGCACCCCAAAACCUUGUGCCCCCAGUCAAGCCAGUGCGUCGUAACAGUUCAGCCACAAAGCUGGAAGAGAAUCUACAGGAUUUGAAGGAGAACAUGCAGCAAGCAGCAACACCAGUCAGGCUCGAAAACAGGAUGGCUGCAAAAGUAGAGACACCACCAGAUGCUCCAAAUAAGAACCCAGCUCCAGUAGUAGGUUCUCCCACAGCAUUAAGGUCAGCAACACUGCUAUCAGCUCAAGACAUUAUUCACUUGACACCUGUGGACCCAGCACGAAAAUAUAGCCCGUUACUGAACCGCAAACUGCAGAACCUGAAAACCCAUGAACCUUCUAGUGGGAAGGAGGCGGCUACUUCUCCGCUCGCCCUGCUGAUGGCAGCUAAGGAACGAGAGAAGCAGAGAACAGUCAUUUCCAGAGAAAACAGCACCAAGAGCAACAGCUCUGUAGAGUCUUCCAAUGGGAGCAGCCAUCAAAAUGACACUAGAGCAAACUCAUUCACUGUCACCCCAAGACUUCCGGUGUCCCCAGGAAGUCCCAGUCGCUUCCUGGAGUCCAAACACAACACAGAGAACCUAAAUGUUACUAACUUUAGACCUGAACCCUCUGCACAUUCCAUCAUUCUUACAAAAAACCCUACAAGUAUUGUAUCUCCAUCUGGGCAGUACAAUGGCAUUGACUCCAUCUCCUUCAUCCCUCCUCCACCUGAAUUUGCUAAUUCUGAUCCAGAAGAUGAAGCUCCACCCAGUAUGCCUCCACCUGACCCACCUGCUAAGAGAGCAGAUGUAAUUCCACGAUUAAACUCUGCCACCAUCACAAGUGGCCCUACUAAUCCCCCAAGUAAUAAAUCCUCCAGCACAACCACACCAGUUCAUGCUGCUUCUAGCACUCAGUUCAAACCAAAACCCCAAGCUCCACCCCCAUCUCUGCCAAAAUUUCAACCCCAAACUCCACCCCCAUCUCUGCCAAAAUUUCAACCCCAAACUCCACCCCCAUCUCUGCCAAAAUUUCAACCCCAAGCUCCACCCCCAUCUCAACUGAAAACCCAACCCCAAACUCCACCCCCAUCUCAACUGAAAACCCAACCCCAAGCUCCACCCCCAGCUCAACUGAAAACUCAAACCCAAGCUCCACCCCCAGCUCAACUGAAAACUCAACCCCAAGCUCCACCCCCAGCUCAACUGAAAACUCAACCCCAAGCUCCACCAUCUGUUACUGCCAGUCAGGCUACACUGCUCAGCAUCCUGCAGAAGAAGAUGCUAGAAAUGGAUCCCAAAUUUGCUCACGCCCAUGAAGCAGAUGCCGGCAGCGAUGACUGGAACUCUCCAACAUUUGACGAGGAUGCAGUGGGUGUUCCUUCACUAAACUCCACCCCCAAAACCAAGAGCUCCACUGUGUCUUCAAGUCUCAACAUGAAAGAACUUGAGAACAAAGUGAUCAGAAAAACACAAGCAAAAGCACCAGUCAGCAGUGGUUCUUCAAAGCAGCAGUUUGGGAUGACAUUUAUAGUGAGGCCUGGAACCAAACAACCCAUUACACCCAUCCCCAAAACCGAGUGACCUUCAACACACACACACGCACACACACGCACACGCACACACACAGAGCUGUGUAUAAAGAACUUAUGAAGAAAAAUAUGUUACAUUUGCAGUUUCUCUGGAUGUUGAGUUCACCUGAUUGUUGUUUUUCUGUUUUAGUGUCUUCAUAAACUGUGUGUGUGUGUGUGUGUGUGUGUGUUUGUGUGGAUGGACUCUCAACUGACAUCUGUCUGUGUGUAAAAACACACACACACUCUCUGUACCACACAUCAUACAGACUCACUGGUGUUUGAGAAAAUUUAGUUUGUAAUAUUUAAAGAUAAAGCUACAAGAAAGAAGAACGAGAAAAAACCCAAGAGGGAAAAACAUCACUGCUGAACUUGUGCAUAUUAAUGGGCUUCUUGUGUUAACAUAUCAUUGUGUAAAUAAACAAAACACACACACACAGCAGACAGUCUUUACUUAUUUAGAGUGAUAAACAACAAUGUCAGAGCUGGAGGUGUGUGUGAACAUGUGGAAGUGUGUUUGUGAUCAGAACACAGUUUGGGGUGCAGUCGUGUGUGUCAGAGCUCGACAUUAAUGAACACAAUCAGCUGCAUGUUAAAGAGAGUUUAGUGCCUCGUCUGGUAGGAAGUCAGAGAGAUUGUACAGCUGUGUGUGUGUGUGAUUAUAUACAUGUAGAAACAUGAAAUGUAAGAGUGUUAUUAAAGUGUAUUAUUAACGCUGUGUGUGUGUGUGUGUGUGUGUGUGUGUCAGCACUGUAAUUCAUACUGAGUGUUUUCCGCUGAGGACAGAUGAAACUGGAGAGUGAGAACAACAGAGUGCUGCAGUGUGCACUUUCAUCAUAACAAGGGAAAAAGUUCUCAGCACUUAAAUACCUGUGUAUCUGAACACACACAUGUAUUAUAACUAAUAAACCAUCAGACACCUG